GACUGAGUGGAGGAGGGGUAGAGUUUUUAUGUGUGGGUAUGUUUCAUUUAUUUUUUUCUUUCUAGAUGAUUUGGCUUUUAAAAUGUGCACAAACAAGAACUCACUUUGAGUUUAUCGGAAAGAUCCAGCUGGUUGUGUUUGAAUCUGCUCCGAGAUACUAUGGGGAGCGCUGUGGAGCGGCUCGUCCUCUUUGGGUUUCUGCUGGCUUUGGCUGCUGCACAACCAGCGAAGGAUGACUGGGACAUUUACAGCUUUCACAUCAACUCCACCGUUAGCAGUCGAUAUGCCACCACCGUCAUCACCAGCCGUGUGGCCAACCGUAUGGAUCAGUCAAAAGAAAUUGCCUUCCAUGUUCAGAUUCCCAAGAAUGCCUUCAUCAGUAAAUUCAGAAUGAUGAUGGACGGGGAAGUGUUUGAUGGAGUUGUGAAAACUAAGGAACGAGCUCAGCAGCAGUACACUCAGGCUGUGCUUCUUGGACAAAGUGCUGGAAUUGUCAGCUCUGUUGGAAGAACCAUGGAGGAAUUUAAAACCUCUGUAACUGUGGCGGCCCACAAAAAGGUCACCUUUGAACUCACUUAUGAGGAGCUGCUGAAGAGAACCCACGGCAAAUACGAGCUGCAGAUCCACGCUCGGCCCAUGCAGCCCGUCAAAGACUUCAAGGUGGAUGUGCACAUUCAUGAGAAAGCUGGGAUCAGAUUCAUUGAUGUGAAGGGAGGACUGAGCACCCUGGCUAAUGCUGUCACCAAAACACAUGCAGACAAACAGGCGUCGGUGUACUUCUAUCCAACUGUGGACCAACAGAAAACUUGUGAGAGGUGUGGAGAGCAAGGUUUGAAUGGAGAUCUGGUCAUUGUUUAUGAUGUCAACCAAGACAACGGACUGGGAGACAUCAGGAUUUCAGACGGUUACUUUGUCCAUCACUUUGCUCCAUCUAAUCUUCCCCGAAUACCGAAGAAUGUCGUCUUUGUUAUCGACAGAAGUGGCUCAAUGCACGGCAGAAAAAUAGAGCAGACCCGAGCGGCUUUAAUCCACAUUUUAAAUGACCUGACAGAAGACGACUUCUUUGGUAUCAUCUGUUUUGAUCAAGACAUAUUUCACUGGAAAAGAGAACUUGUUCCAGCCACUGCUUCAAAUGUGGAGAGGGCUAAAGAGUUUGCACAGAGUAUUUUUGAAAGAGGAGCUACAAACAUCAAUGGAGCGGUGUUGGAAGGAGCUUCGAUGCUGAAUGCACAAAGCAGGGAAGGCUCGGCUUCCAUCCUGAUAUUUCUCACAGAUGGAGACCCAACAGCAGGAGAAAUUAACUUAGAAAAAAUACAGUCAAAUGUCAGAGAAGCUAUUGCAGAAAAAUUUCCCCUCUACUGUCUUGGCUUCGGCUCUGAUGUCAAUUUUGAGUUUUUGGAGAAAAUGUCGCUGCAGAAUAAUGGUGUGGCAAGACGGAUUUAUGAAGACUCUGAUGCCGAUUUACAGCUCAAGGGUUUCUAUGAAGAAGUGGCCACUCCUUUGUUAACAGAUGUGACAAUGAUCUAUGUGGGUGGAUCCAAUCUAACCCAGACUAAUUUCAGUCAGUACUACAACGGUUCUGAGAUUGUUGUGGCCGGUGAGAUCACUGACAACAACAUUGAAACCUUCACUCCCCAAGUCGUGGCUUACUCAGUCAACAGAACAGUGACAUUUUCUAACACAAGUGGUUCUACGGACCAUCCCAGUGAAACAGUGACCGAAAACCUUCUGCAGAGGGUUUGGGCCUACCUCACAGUGAAACAGCUUCUGGAGAGAGAGCUGCUGUUAUCUGGACCUGAGAAAGAGAAAGUGAAUAAAGAGGCGUUGGAGCUGUCCCUGAAGUACAGCUUCGUUACCCCGCUCACAUCCAUGGUGGUCACCAAGCCUCAGGGGGAGAAAUCCGUCCUCCACAAACCCAAAGAGGGGGUAACACCACUGUCCCAAGGAGUUGCUGGGUCCUUACCUGCAGGAGCUAUAGGAUCUCUUCCCCGUUUUUCUCCUAAUCCUGGAGUUGCUGGGUCCUUACCUGCAGGAUCUAUAGUAUCUCUUCCCAGAUUUUCUCCUAAUCCUGGAGUUGCUGGGUCCUUACCUGCAGGAUCUAUAGUAUCUCUUCCCAGAUUUUCUCCUAAUCCUGGAAGGGCUAGGUCCAUUUCUGCAGGUUCGAUAUCAGGAUAUCCAAUUUUGGUUGACCACCAGACGACAAGCAUAGUAGCAGUAUCAAGGGAUCAAGGAAGACAAUUGUCAGGAGAUGUUCCUGCUGUUGCUGCCCUUCCUGGCUCUGGUUUUGGAGGUUUAGGAGUUUCCGCAAUUUCCGAUCAUGCUGGUCCUCCAAGUCCUGCUGGUUUUGGUCCUCCAAGUCCUGCUGGUUUUGGUCCUCCAGUUUCUGCUGGUUAUGGUCCUCCAGGUUCUGCUGGUUAUGGUCCUCCAAGUCCUGCUGGUUUUGGUCCUCCAGGUUCUGCUGGUUUUGGUCCUCCAAGUCCUGCUGGUUAUAGUCCUCCAGGUUCUGCUGGUUUUGGUCCUCCAAGUCCUGCUGGUUUUGGUCCUCCAAAUCCUUCUGGUCUUGGUCCUCCAAGUCAUGCUGGUUAUAUUCCUUCAGGUCCUGCUGCUUUUGGUCAUCCAGGUCCUCGUGUCCAUAUCAGUCACCGAUUUCUGGUUAAAACUGAGAACCACUCUGCUUCCCUUUGCUUUGAUGUGCCUGGAUCUCAUGUUCUUAAACUUCUUCAUCAUCCCAACAAGGGGAUGUACAUGAAUGGCGAGCUUAAUCCAGUGACAAAUGGGGGCUUCAAAAAAAUUGUCAUCCAAGUUCAAGGUGACCAUUAUGUUGACAUCGACCCAGAGGGAAUCAGGGUCCUGCAGGGAACGUCUAUGACCCGGCUCACUGGACAGAAUCCCAUCCAAGCUGGAAGUCUUACAGUGACUGCUCGAGGUCAAGAAACAGAUGUUACAGCAGAAGACUUGCACAUCGUCAUCUUAGUUCAUCAGAGGGACGGCAACAAAUUCCUUUGGCCUGUUUUAAAAAAGAGACCGACUGCCAGCAACAUUGAUGGGAUUCUAGUUUUUAUAGCUUCAACACCAGCUAAUUUUACGGUGGCACCACAACCAUACCUCACAUUACUGAAGAUCCCAGGCAUACCUGAUAGUGUAGUGUUCAGUUCAUUUGCAACUGACUACAGUGUGACCUCUCCUGUGACUGUGCAGUGCUGGUUCACAAUGAAUCCCUUUGUCCUAGGAAAACCUCUGUAUUUUUAUGUUGUAUAACUGUUCAAUAAUUCAAUUCAAAUCAGCUUAUUUUAUGAAAUAAUGUUGAAAAUUAUUUUAGAAAUAACCAAGGCGUGAAGUAAAAAGUACCAAAAAGAUUACAAUCUUCUUUUUUAUUGGUCAGACAGUGCAAUUAAGAAUAGUGAACACAUUUGUGUUUUUAUCUACCACAUAAACGACGAAAAGAAAUGUAAACAUGAACAACUUUCUAACAAACGACUUAAAUGUAAAGGUUGAUCGGGUCUGGUGGUGUGAGGUCUGGUGACAAUCCAACAGUGUGAGUUAUUCUUUGAUAGUUUGAUAUCCUGUAAUUAUGUUUCAGCCUCUUAUUUUGAAGUACGAAAGGAAGUAGUCCUUAAUUUGCUGUUUAAUAUUGAAAGAAUCCACUAAGUAAGACUUUUUACUAAUUGGCAGUAAACAGGUUUCAUUCAUUUAUUUGAAAUGAUCAGUAAAGAAAAACUAAACAGAGAGAGAAAAGAUAGAAUGAUUUGUUGGCACUGUGAGAUAAUGUGCCUGGCUAACCAAUAAAGAUGCUAAAAUUAGCUUAUGUUUCAAAGGUUCUUGAAGUUCUUAAAGACUGUUUUUUACAAGUCUUCAAUGCUUUUGAUAAUCAGUUCAAAAUCUGUAAUUCUUACACAUAAAAAAUAAGGCCUUGAUAAGUCAGAACAUAAAAACAGUUCACAAUUUUGUUCUGUGAUCUACUGUAUGUUUGUGUUGAUUUUUUUUGGCAUCACAACCACUUGAUAAUUUGAUGAGCAUGACAUCUGCUUUAUUAAAUCUGAAAAAUAAU